GCCAGUAAAGAAAGAACCUGGGUUACUAAAGAAAAGGUCCAGCCUGCAUCUUCAAAGAAAGCUGAAGUUCCUAAGGAAAAAGCUAAACCUGUGAAGAAAGCUGAAGUCAAAGAUAAACCACCAGCACCUGUUAAAAAAGUAGCUAAAGUUCCUGUUGAAAAAGUAAAACCAGCUCCCUUAAAGAAAGAGCCAGAGAUUUCCAAAGUGAAGGCCAAACCAGAGCCCUCAAAGAAAGAUACUGCAGAAGUUAAAGAAAAAGCAAUACCAGCUCAGAUUAAAAAAGCAGCUGAAGAGAAAGAAAAACCUGUCCCUGUGAAAAAAGAGGAUGAAGCCCCCAAGGAGAAAGCUAAAGAGGCUAAAGCUCCCAAGGACAAAACUAAACCGGCCCUUUUGAAGAAAGAGCCUGAUGUUUCUAAGGAGAAAAAAACACCAACUGCCAAGAAAGAGCCUGCAGUUGCAGAUGAGAAAGUCAAACUGGUACCUUCAAAGAAAGAUACUGAAGCUACUAAGGAGAAAAUGAAAUUAGCCCCAGUUAAGAAAGAGCCUGAGGUUUCCAAAGAAAAAGCUGUGCCAGAGCCUUCAAAGAAAGAGGUUGAAGCUGUUGAGGAGAAGGUAAAACCAACACUGACUAAAAAAGAGGUUGAAGUUACCAAGGAGCCAGCUAAACUUGUGACUAUUGAGAAAGAGGCUGAAGAUAUUAAAAAGGCAAAACCAGGUCCUCCAAAGAAAGAGCCUGAAAUUAUUAAAGAGGAGAAACCUCCAAAAAAGGAAGCUGUAAAAGAAAAGCCUAAACCUGCUUCUGUAAAGAAAGAACCUGAAGUUCCAAAAGAGAAAGCAAAACCUGAACCUUCCAAAAAAGAGGCAGAAGUUGCCAAGGACAAACGUAAACCUGUCGCUGUGAAGAAAGAACCUUCUGUUGCAGUUGAAAAGGCAAAAGCAAAACCUGCACCAAAGAAAGAGACUGAAAUUACCAAAGAGAAAGCUAAAGCAGAACCUCCACAGAAAGAACCUGAGAUAACCAAAGAAAAACCCAAGCCAACAAAGAAAGUGGCUGAAGUCAUCAAGGAGGAAGCUAAACCAGCCCCUGAGAAGAAAGAGUCUAAAGUCAUCAAGGAAAAAGCUAAACCAGUUCCUGUAAAGAAAGAGGCUGAAGUCAUCAAAGAAGUUAAACCAGCCCCUGAGAAGAAAGAUGCUGAAGUCAAGGAGAAACCAGCUCCAGUAAAGAAAGAGCCUGACGUUUUCAAAGAGAAACCAGCACCUCCAAAGAAAGUCGAGGUUCUGAAGGAAAAGGCCAAACCAGUUCCUGAAAAGGAAGAACCAGAAAUAACCAAAGAAAAACCAAAGCCAGCACCAAAGAAAGAGGCUGAAGCCAUCAAAGAGAAAGCUAAACCAGCCCCUGAAAAGAAAGAGGCUGAAGUCAUAAAGGAGAAAACUAAACCAGCCCCUGAGAAGAAAGAGGCUGAAGUUAAAGCAGCUCCUGUUAAGAAAGAGUCUGAAGCUGCUAAAGAAAAGGCAACUGAACCAAAACCAGAACCCACUAAGAAAGUUGAGGUUCUAAAGGAAAAGGAAAAAACAUUCCCUGAAAAGAAAGCGGCACCUGAAAUAACUAAAGAAAAACCCAAGCUUGUACCAAAGAAGGGUAAACUGUUUCAAUCUACUAUGGCUGAAGUCAUUAAAGAGAAAGCUAAACCAGCCCCUGAGAAGAAAGAAGUCAAGGAAAAGGUUCAACCUGAGAAAAAAGAGGUUGAAGUCAAGGAGAAAGCAAAACCAGCUCCUGUAAAGAAAGAAACUGAAGUCAUCAAAGAAAAAGCCAAACCAGCCCCUGAGAAGAAAGAGGCUGAAGUCAUCAAGGAGAAAGUUAAACCAGCUCCUGUAAAGAAAGAGGCUGAAGUCAUCAAGGAGAAAGCUAAACCAGCCCCUGAGAAGAAAGAGGCUGAAGUCGUUAAGGAAAAAGCUAAACCAGCCCCUGAGAAGAAAGAGGCUGAAGUCGUUAAGGAAAAAGCUAAACCAGCCCCUGAGAAGAAAGAGGCUGAAGUCAUCAAGGAGAAAGUUAAACCUACUCCUGUAAAGAAAGAGCCUGAAGUUGCAAUAGAAAAGGCUCCUGAACCAAAACCCAAAAAAGAGCCUGAAGUUGCUAAAGAGAAAGCUAAACCAGCCCCUGAGAAGAAAGAGGCUGAAGUCAUCAAGGAGAAAGUUAAACCAGCUCCUGUAAAGAAAGAACCUGAGAUAAUUAAAGAAAAACUCAAGCCAACACCAAAGAAAGAGGCUGAAGUUAUCAAGGAGAAAGCUAAACCAGCCCCUGAGAAGAAAGAGGCUGAAGUCAUUAAAGAGAAAGUUAAACCAGCCCCAGAGAAGAAAGAGGCUGAAGUCAAGGAGAAAGCUAAACCAGCCCCUGAGAAGAAAGAGGCUGAAGUCAUCAAGGAGAAAGUUAAACCAGCUCCUGUAAAGAAAGAGCCUGAAGUUUCUAAAGAAAAGGCUCCCGAACCAAAACCAAAAAGAGUAGCUGAAGUCAUCAAAGAGAAAGUAAAACCAGCCCCUGUGAAAAAAGAGGUUGAAGUCAAGGAGAAAGCUAAACCAGCCCCUGAGAAGAAAGAGGCUGAAGUCAUCAAGGAAAAAGUUAAACCAGCUCCUGUAAAGAAAGAGCCUGAAGUUUCUAAAGAAAAGGCUCCUGAACCAAAACCCAAAAGAGAAGCUGGAGUCAUCAAAGAGAAACUAAAACCAGCCCCUGAGAAGAAAGUGGCUGAAGUCAAGGAGAAAGCUAAACCAGCCCCUGAGAAGAAAGAGGCUGAAGUCAUCAAGGAAAAAGCUAAACCAGCUCCUGUAAAGAAAGAGGUUGAAGUCAAGGAGAAAGCUAAACCAGCCCCUGAGAAGAAAGAGGCUGAAGUCAUCAAGGAAAAAGCUAAACCAGCUCCUGUAAAGAAAGAGCCUGAAGUUUCUAAAGAAAAGGCUCUUGAACCAAAACCCAAAAGAGAAGCUGGAGUCAUCAAAGAGAAAGUAAAACCAGCCCCUGAGAAGAAAGAGGCUGAAAUCAUCAUGGAGAAACCUAAGCCAGCUCUUGUGAAGAAAGAAGCUGAAGUCAUCAAAAAGAAAGUUAAACCAGCUCCUGUAAAAAAGGAGGCUGAAGUCAUCAAACCAGCCCCUGAGAAAAAAGAGGCUGAAAUCAUCAAGCAAGUUAAACCAGCUCCUGUAAAGAAAGAGCCUGUAGUUCAUAAGGAAAAGGCACAUGAACCAGUGCCAGAACCUACAAAGAAAGUCAAGGUUCCCAAGGAAAAGGCAAUACCAGUCCCAGAAGAAAAGGAACCUGAAAUAACAAAAGAAAAGCCAAAGCCAGCACCAAAGAAAGAAGCUGUAGUCAUCAAAGAAAAGGCUAAACCAGCCCCCCUGAAGGAAGAGGCUGUAAUCAUCAAAGAGAAAGUGAAACCAGCCCCCGAGAAGAAAGAGGCUGAAGUCAUCAAGGAGAAAGCUAAACCAGCCCCUGAGAAAAAAGAGGCUGAAGUCAUCAAGGAGAAAGUUAAGCACCCUCCUGUAAAGAAAGAUGAUGUUGGUCUUAUCGGUCUGGACGUGGAGCUCCUGAACUCCAUCAACCAAAAACUGUCUCUUCUGGAUUUACUGAGGAAGGACAUUGGUGAAAUGAGAAGUGAUCUGGAGUCCACUCAAAAUCAAAUUACACUUUUACGGAUGGACAACAGAACAAUCAAAGAGCCAGAGACUGUCGGUGUGAAAGUAAAACCAAUGGUCUCCAAGGAAAGAGCCAAAAAAGAUCGUGAUGCUCUGUUGAACAUUACUAAAGCAGCACAUAUUAAAACAGAACGUGCUGCAUUGAAAAACAUCACUAAACCAGCACCUGCAAAGAAAGACAAAGAGGCUCCGAAAGCUAAGAUCAGACCAGAGCCCAAAAAGAAAGAAAUCACCCUUGAAAAAGUCAAAGAAGUAAAGGAACCUUUACAGAAAGAACCUGAGAAGGUCAAAGAAAAAGUAAUCCAGCCAACUGAGAAGGAAGCUGUCAUAGACAAGGAAGUAAAAGGAGAAGAACCUGAGGUCACCAAAGAUAUUCCAGAGAUAGAGGAGGAGGACAUUCCCUACUUCCAGUGUUUCUUUGUGGAUGAGGAUGAUACUCAGUAUCCGUUCUUCCCCUUUUCACCACCGCUGUGGUGAGUCCUGCCAAACCUCGGAGUCUGACGCUAAACAACAUGGCAAAGCCAGUUGAAGAAGACCUCUGAAGAAUGAGGAACCUGCUCAUGCAAUGCAGCGUAGAGGUUCACAGUAGGUCCUACAACAUUACACCAACAACGACCUAGAAAACUGAAAGAGAUUUGAGUUACUUCCUGGAUUUCAAAACUGGAAAACUUCCUUCUCAAAUUAUCUUGAGGCUAUCCAUCUUUUAAUUGAUACCGUGGAUUUGAGUAUAGUUUGUCCAGACGGCACUGACAGGAAGUAAUGAAACAACUUUCUUCCUUUCUGAACACUGCAGUGGGGUUCAGGAUCAUACAAUCUUUUAUAUACAAGGUACAUUUACCUCAUUUUGAUGGGGUGCUAAUUCAAAGCAUUCCACUGUGUUUUCUGUCAGGAAGGGAGGACUAGAUAAAGAAAUAUGGAAACAAAUAUUUCAUAUAUAUUUUCUUAGUAAUACCGUUUACUAAACCGUUUACAGAUGGAACAACUGCACUGAGAAAUAAGGGCUUUGGACAGUAAGCUCAGUUCCUCUGAAUGUAUAGAUAAUUUUAUUUAUUUUUCUUAUUUAUUUUUCUUAUUUUUAUUUUUCCGUACAUUUUAUUUAAUAUCAUUUGCCAAACAUGUUUAUAAAUCUAUACUUCAGGCUCUAUGAAACAAAUGUUUUGUUCAGUGCUCUGUAUAAAAUGAACACACUGGAUUUUGCAUAAAGAAAUGAAACUAAACAUUGCUGCUAAAUCCAGGAAAAUGUAUUAAACAUCAAAGAAACUGCAUUGUUUUAAUCCAAGCGAAUGCACGUCUUUUUUUUUUUACAAUUGCAAACACUACCGCAUUUCUUCGCAGAACAUUAUUAGUUUAUGUAAGUAAAAAUGUGGGUGUUUUUUGCAAUAUUACAUGGAUAGACCUACCUAAUAAAGAAGAGCCAAUUAAAUGGCAUUCUAAUUGUGUAUAAAAAUAGUCUGUAUUUCACAUUAAACGCAUACAGAAGAUUAUUUUCAGUAUAUGGGAUAAAAUUCUGCGCCAGAUGAAAUGUGUUGCAUGUUUCUCAGCACUGCCCCUGGUGGAUCCCUGGCACUGCACCUGAUUGUCAGCAGCUCAUUAGCAGAGCUCUCCUUUACUUGAUUUAAUGGUGUUAGUGAGUGUUUAAUAGUGUGUACUAAUGAGACUCCUAAAGUGUGCUGUGCCAGUAGGCCGCCCUGGAGCCAUUUCUUUUACUGCCACGAUCUUUCCUCCAGGAGUUCAGCAUGUGGCUCCAUAGAGGAUAAACUCAUGUCUGUACAAAGAUCUUCACAAGUAUGUGAUUUUUUUUUUUUUUUUUUUCUCUGAUGUACAUUAACUUGUACAAAUGCAUAUUACAGCGGUGCUCAUUUAUAGAAGAAAUGGGUAUCUUUUAGACUUACUUUAACCAUAGAUGUUGGCGUGUCAGACUCUGCAGCAAUGAAUAACUUGCAAUUUUCCAUAGUUCAAAUACUUCUUUGCAUAGUGUUACUUUUAAAUCUAAUUCAGUUUAUAAAUGCUUCAUAAAGAUAAUAGUUUUGCAUGAUGUUUUCAUGAAUUUUAUUGUUUAAAAACAUGCAUCUAAACCAGACCAUAUUUAAUUUGUUUUUGUAAUUGGAAUUAUAUAAUUUCUUAUGUAAUAUUGUGGGGGUUCUUUAUGUCUUUUGCAUGGUUUUGUGGUCAGAUAUUCAAAAUGCAAAGAAAAUUAACUGUAUUAAUAUGUACAUUCUCUGUAAAAGUUAUAGCCAUAAACUGAAAUCAAAUGUAUAAAGCUAUCAAAAGAAUCAACAAUAUGGUCAAAAAAGUCUUUUGAAAAGGAAAAAAAAGAGCCAACUGUAAUGCCAAUGGAACUGUAAUGCAACUCUAACGGUAAUACAGACUCUAAGACUUAAAAGAAAUAAAUGUUUGCAAUAAUCAAA